GACUUUGUAUGUACAUAAGUCGACAGCGUCUGCUAUACUAAUCAGCGCGUUGCCUGAAACAGAUAGCGACAACUUCACUUCAUACCUUUGCGCUCGUUUAACCGAAGGAACUUUCAAGCACUAGCUUAAGCCUGUUGAAUAACUAUUCACUAGACAACAUUUGCCACACAUAGCUUCAACCAGCGGACGCAGCAGGAUGACCAUCGCACAGAAAUUGCCAGCGCUUUCGGCAGUCGCAAACGCGGUAUUGAAAUCGCCUGAGGGAGCGGAGGUGGUUGCCAAGACGCUUUGGGCGUCGCAGCCAGUCGCUGUGCUGGUGCUCCGACGACCAGGCUGCGUGCUAUGUCGCGACGAGGCCCAAAGGCUGUGGGCGCUCAAGCCCGAGUUCGACAAGCUCGGCGUGGGCCUGGUGUGCGUGGUGCACGAAUGGAUCCAGCGCGAGAUUGACGCCUUCGCCCCCGCCUUCUGGCCCGGCCCGCUCUUCCACGACACCUCCAAGUCCUUCUACGCAGCCCUCAACGGCGGCACGCCGCUCCGCGGCAGCCUGCUGCCCAUGGCCAACCCCUUCGGCGCCGUGUGGGCGCGCAUCCGCGCCGCCAGCCGCAACGUCAAGGAGCACAACGUCGUAGGCGACGGCCUGACGAUGGGCGGGCUGCUGAUGAUGCGCGCGGGCGAGGGCGGCCCGGCGUGGCUGCACCUGGAGACGGAGAUUGGGCUGGUGGCGGAGCCGGAGGUGGUGCUGGGCGCGGCCCAGCGCAUGAUGGCGGCGUAGGAGGCCGCUGGAGCGGUGCAGGAUGGGAGGGUUAGGUGUGGGAGUGCGACUGAGUGAGAGCGAGAGUGGGGUGUGAGGAGUGGUGCGAGCGGAGUUGUUGAGCGUGUGCGUUCGAAGGUUUGCGGGCGUAACACUUCCUGCAGGAGUUGACAGGUGCUGUCCACAGCUUAUGUGCAGGCUUAUUUUGGUUGCGUUGCAUGUAUUAAAUGACGUGUCGUUUGCAAUUGUGACACUAUGUUGACCAAGACCAUGCGACGUGCCAUGCGGUGACUGACAGUGGCUGAUCGUGGUUGACAAACUGCUGAGUACAGGUUUUGCCAUUUUGUAAGUUUGACACCGCGUUGACGUUGUUACAAGGAGCGGGUCAGUGCACGCCAUUCUUUGCACGCAUUGUUCUGGAAAGCGACGUUGAGAUUAACGGACUGUGCGGAUCGUUACCGUGUUCGGCGUCGGGCCACCAUUCGUGCACGUGGUACAUAGAAUUUGUGGGUGGCCGCCGCGCGCCAUACCUGAGCAAGCACGUGCCCGUGCCAAACACAUUGUAACUCAAUCGGAAC